CAAAUAUCCCUUUCUUCUCAGCACUCCAUGAUGUUGGUCCUCAAUAAUACCAGUGCUCAGUCUCUGGCCUUCUUUCUGACUGGUAUCCCAGGCCUGAGAUCAGCCCAGGUUUGGAUCUCCAUUCCUUUCUGUCUCCUGUAUGCCAUUGCCCUCUCUGGAAACAGCAUGAUCUUAUUGGUGGUCCUCCGUGAGAACAGCCUUCACGAGCCUAUGUAUUACUUCCUCGCCAUGCUUUCUGUUACAGACCUGAGCUUGUCUCUGUGCACGCUUUCCACAACCCUUGGUGUCUUCUGGUUUGGAGCCCGGAAGAUCAAUUUAAAUGCCUGCAUUGCUCAGAUGUUCUUUCUCCAUGGCUUUACUUUCAUGGAGUCUGGGGUUCUGCUGGCCAUGGCCUUUGAUCGAUUUGUGGCCAUCUGUAACCCACUGAGAUAUACCACAAUUCUCACCAAUGCCAGGAUUGCCCAGAUUGGGGUGAUUGUGUUGAUAAGGAAUGUCUCUGUCAUGUUUCCAGUUGUGCUAUUUGUCAAGCGGUUGUCCUUCUGCAAGUCUCUGGUCCUUUCACAUUCUUAUUGCUACCAUGUUGAUGUCAUUCAGCUCUCUUGCACAGACAAUAGACUCAACAGCAUCUUUGGUCUGUUUGCACUCUUCUCCACUACAGGAUUUGACUGCCCUUGUAUCUUGGUCUCCUAUAUCCUGAUCAUCAGAUCAGUCCUCAACAUUGCCUCCUCAGAGGAGCGACAGAAAGCCUUCAAUACCUGCAUAUCCCACAUCAGUGCUGUUGCCAUCUUCUACAUUCCUCUCAUCAGUUUGUCUCUUGUUCACCGCUAUGGCCGUUCAGCACCUCCAUUUGUUCAUAUUAUAAUGGCCAAUGUGUUCCUGCUCAUCCCUCCUGUUCUCAAUCCCAUCAUCUACAGUGUGAAGACUAAGCAGAUUCAAAAGGCUAUUGUCAAGGUCUUAAUUCAGAAGAAAUGUCAAAUUUAA